GCUUGGAUAACUUUUCUCUUCCUUUUUGUUUCAUUUAGGCACAUGACGAGCGCCCUCUACAGUAGGUUACAAGCGUUGUAUGCGGGAAGGAUCCCUGGCAUGUACCGCUGACGCCCAAAAGCAAAUCAACAAAAAGAAAGAAAUCCAAAGACGCAGACCGGUGAGGCCCAAAAUGAGCGAUCAAAGUGAGCUCAUGUUUUGAUCGGAACCCCGGUGAAUGCCUGUACAGUACUAGUACGGUGCUCGAGUACUUGUACUUGUACCAUUCUCGGAUGAAAGUAGGGCUUUAAUUAUGACUCCACUGCGCUGCUCGAGCACUGUACUGUACUCGACAGUUGGUGCUCACUUGCUGAUUUAGCGUGCUCUCCGUUUUUCGGUAGAGGCCUUCGGGAUGGGAUAGUGCCGGUGAGCAGUAGGGCGCUAGCCAUGCUGUUUCAUCCCGCGAGGAGGCCAUUCCGACACACUUGUGGGGCUCCACCUUCGGUGUGCCGGGUUGGAAGGUGAGGUUUUUGUGCGUGUUUGAGGUGUCGGGCCCCAUUCCGGCCUGUCUCGAUGGAGGGCGAAAAGCGGGGUCAGGAAUGUGGUGGAAAGGGGGCUUGUGGAUGGCGUAUCGGUCCCCGAGUAGAGAUAGUACGAGUACGAAUACCGUACAUUCACUUGUGACUGUUGCCGGUAUUCUGCACUUGACAUCGUCCGCGAAAACUGGCGCGUUAAGCGAUGCAGAACACCGGCGGGCGACGAUGCAGUCACAAGGCAAUCGAGGCCCAUCCUGAGAAUGGAGGAAGAUAGGUAGGGGAUAUUCCAUACACUUACCGGUAUCGUCGUCCGUCCUCUCGGAAGUUAAAUUUGUUACCUUCUUAAGUUGAGCUUGUCUCUCUCACUUCUCCACGCCUUCUUCUCUUCCACCCUACGGUACAGCUAACCUUUCGGCAGGGGAGUACUCGAGUGUAUCGAAUUAUAUCUCACCAGUUCAAUUCGAUUAAGGAUGGCCACUGGAUUAGCAUCCUCCAAUACGGAUAACCCGCGCUCGAUGCUGGCUGGAGUUCAUCCCCGCGGAAGUGUUGAGGUUGAAGUGAGUGCCGUGCUUGGCUCCCAGCCCCGGGGUUGUGUGGUAACGGCAUGCGAGUGGGAUUACUCGAGUACCGGCACGGUACUGACGUCGACGGUGUGACCUUGUGUGCAGCUUUGCGACGAUGAUGAUGCUUCAACCUCAGCACACUCAACAGAGUCCGAUUCUAGUAGUCUCUCCUCCGGAAUCUUGGAUUAUGAGUGGGUCUCUAUCAUUAUUUCCCUCCAUUUUUCCCCAGGCGAGCAGGAGGCCUUUUGCUUGGUGAUGUGAUGCGCUCCCGUCGAAAGAGCAAUACGCUCCCAUUCAUCGAUGAGGAUUAAGAGUAUUAUUUGUCUUUGUCUCUUCUGUCUUUUUUUUAUUUUUCGCUUCUUUCUCCUCGCUUGCUUUAUGAUUGAUUUUUGACUUGCGGUGUCAGAUACGAGAACGGGAGGCGUUAUCACUCUUUCAGAGAGGUGAGAGUGCAGCGUUUGAUGCGAUGUGGUGGGGUGGACAGCUAGUCUAACUCGUCCUGAUUUCAGGGAUCCUAUGUUCGUUCUUGAGCCCCGCCAAGACCUGCUCCUGAUACCGUGGAUAAAUCUAACGGUUGACCAUCUCUUCGAUAGGUGCUUCCGAAUGAUAGCUUGGAACAAGAGAGGUGCGUGUCACCAAUCCACCUUCUCAGAUUUGGAUGAGCAGGUCUUGACUCAGUUAUACAAUGCAGACUGGAUAUUUGGCACCACGUGAGAAUCACUUCAAACACUUGUGCACAUGUGGCAGAGUGGAGCAUCGCUAACCGAGCCUGCCGUGCCGGUAUUUUCCUUACAGAUCGAGAACUUGAUCUUGGGGGGCGAGCUCACCCGGGCGCCUCUGGACGGGCCACGAAAAAUACUUGAUGUGGGCACCGGAACCGGUGAGUCUCCCGCCCGCCCUCAUUCCCACGCGUUUCUUUUGCUUAUGGAUUAUUCACUUGGAAACAACCAGGCAUCUGGGCCAUCGAUGCCGCAGUGUAAGAUGACCCGAAUGAGAUACUCUCAAAACUCAUGGCUGAUGACCUUUCGCACGAUAGCCGUUAUCCCACGGCACUCGUAAGACCUACCAGUCAAGGUGGAUGAGCUCGUAUUGCUAAUCAGAGCAGGUUAUUGGGAAUGACCUCUCCCCCAUACAGCCUUCAUGGGUUCCUCCUAAUUGCAGAUUCGAGGUCGAUGUAAUUUAACGUUCCUAGACGUAGCGGCCGGGGUUGUUUUUUUCCUUUCUUUUUCUAACCCAGAACGCUAGGAUGUUGAAAGCGAGUGGGUUCACCCUGAAAACACCUUUGACCUAGUUCACAACCGAUAUAUGCUGGGCUCAAUUAAGAAUUGGGAUGAGCAUUUUUGUCGGAUGUUCCGGUAAUGUUGGCCAUUAGCAAUGCUGGCUGUGAGUGAAAUUAACACAGUAGCAGGCAUAUCAAGCCCGGCGGAUACCUUGAAGUAAAGGAGGGGGUCUUAGAAUUAUGUGCGCGCCCCUAAAUAGCAGGGUAUGCCCGUGUUCUGGAAGUGAUUGCUGGUAUCUGAUACCAGAAUUACAAGCCGCCGGGCAGCACCUUGGAAGUUUGUAUCUGACCUGAAUGAGUUUCUAGAUUCUCAGAGUGGACCGUGUCCGGAAAAUGUGACCAAGUUUUUCGAAUUGCUUCGAGAAUCCGGAAACAAGUCUGGAAGGCCAAUGAUUGGGGUCGAAGAUUUUAGGGCAAAGAUGGAAGCCGCUGGAUUCCAGGAUGUCGAGGAGGUUUGCAUUACAAUGUUCUCUAGUUUGGAAUUCGGCAUCGCUGACGCGAACCAGAGAGUUGACAAACUCCCAGUCGGAACAUGGCCCAAAGAUGUAAUUUGUUUACUUUUGGUCGUUCCGAAGUUGUUCCGGAUACUAAUUUGGGCAGAAACUGCUUUCGCAAAUCGGCACGUACACCCAGAUCGCACAUCUUGAGGGCGUAUCGGCCUACGGCACUGCCCUAUUCACUCGCGUCCUCGGAUGGGCGCCAUCUGAUACAGCCGGGUUUUUCGACCAGGUCUGCGAGCACUUCCGAGACAACAACAGCCUGUUCUAUACCCUUCGGUAUAAUUUGGUUGGAAGAAAGCCAUUGAACCCGCUGGCGUGAUGGCGCAAAAUGGGGUAUGGAACUGGCUUCUGACACUAUCCGAUUUUGGACCAUCUCAUCUUCAACUGGAUUUUUUUUUUUUACAUUCCCUCUUGACCGGAGGUUUCCUAUUUGAUACCCGAAAGCUACAUAACUGCACGCUAUUCUUUUCUCCCUUCUUGUUUUUCUCCUUUUUAUUUUAUUUUAUUCGAGCCCUUUUCCGUGUUAGUUGGUCGCAUUCAGGCUUUGGAAAAUUGCGUAUCCACUCGUAUCUGCUCGACAAUACCGCACAAAGGGUCCAGAAUGGUAGAGCACUAUCGAAGAUGAAGAACAACACAGUCACUCGAAUCACCUCAGGAUACCUCUUCCAACGAUCCCAAUACCCCCACCCUCCUCUCAUCAAUACGAUAAAAUUUACCAAACUCAACAGCCAGCAUCCAAACUGUAAAUCUCUAUAAGACUACCUCCCAUCAGCACUUUAUACCCACCCACCCACGACCCAGCCCGUAACAGUGCCCCACAUACUUGAGAAUCACACUUUAAGCGCAAUCACCCACAAUACAAUAAACGACAAACAACGGAGUAGCCUACCGCACCAAGAACAAGUGAAAGAGAGGGGGGAAAAGAAAAAUGAGACGGGAGAAGGAACGGGAAAAUGUUGUGGAGAGUUACAUCUCGAGAGACUGCUAUGCUAUGGCUAUACCUACUAGACUGGACGAUGUACUUAUUAUAAUAUAAUAUACGAAUAUACUGUACGAUAUCAUACUCU